UGCCACUGGGCCCUGAGGAUCUUCAGCGUAACGCUGUCCUACAGUCCAUAGUCUGAGAUAAGUCAUCUUUACGUGUGCUUGAUAUUACCGCAUGAUAUGACAAGUUAAGGUGAACAGUGAUCUUUCUGGACUCAAAAUCAUUCCGGACGAGUUUGACUCAUGCCCCGACAUAGCAGGAAAAGAGCAAUGGCUGCAGCAUCCAGUCACGACUCGCCAGAAAGUGACCCUGUAAAAGGUGCUGGAGACAGCUUUGCUAGAAAAGCAUGCCUGAGCGAGGCGCAUACAACGAGCACGGGCUUCAGUCCGGUUGUAGUGAGCUCCGUGGCUUACAUCGGUACGAUUGCGAGUUUCCUCAUCGCGUCUCUUGUGCCAGGCCUACCCAAGCUUCCCUUCCCGGUUGUCGGCUGUAUGGUGACCGCAAACUCUGGAAAAUUCGGUGUCUGGCAGCCCGGUGCGCAUACAAUAUUUAUGGGACUCUACGUCGCCCACUUCAUCCGGAGGACCUUGGAGGUACUAUUCGUGCAUCGGUUCAAGAGACGAAUGUCUUUGACUGAAACUCUUGGAGCCCCAGUUUACUACUGGACUUUCGGCUUCUGGGCUGGUUGGGCCUUACGGCCCGACCUAGGGUACAUAAACACCCACAUUGCUAUCUUCAGCGUAGGAAUAGUCAUCUUCAUAUUCGGGGAGGUUGGAAAUUGCACCGCCCACAUCCAGCUGAGAAUGCUCCGCAGCGGCACAACGGAGGGGCGUCAAUCGUCUCUGUCCAGUGGUCACGUGAUCCCGCGGAGUCUCCUCUUUUCCCUAGUAUCCUGUCCACACUACACCUGUGAGAUCAUCUCGUGGUUGGGAUUCUUCUUGGCAACUUGGACUCUGAAUGGCGCCCUCUUCCUAGUGGCAACUAUCAUAACUUUGACAGUUUACUCCCACAAGCAUCACCGACGUUACAAAGAGGAGUUCGACGGGCGAGAUGGAAGGGAGCUCUACCCCAAGGUCCGAAAGGCUCUCAUUCCAUUUAUUUUCUGAAACAUUACACUGAUCCAAAGUGAACCGCCCAAAACCAUAAUCAAUUUCUGGAAAAGGAGAAUUCUUUAUCUGAUAUAAAUGAUGGUAUGCAGUUUGGAGAUCUAGAGUCAUACGGAGAACCCUAAUAUAACCGUAAAAUAAAGUGGUUUUGUAAGUUUCGAAAAUGAUUUUCUGGGACGUUGAUUAUAAGCUCUGCAAACGCUGAUUGAUAUGCAAGUACUUUAGUGUAAUCUGUAAUUAAUUCAUAGAAUUAUGUUCAUGUAUCUAAAUAUCCAUGUGCCUACAAAUGAAUCCUGGAAGAAGAAAUGGAUACAAAGGGCCUAUAAGCCACGAGCUGGACCAAUAUAGAGGGCGCAGUUUUCCUAACAACGGCGGCAGCUUUGGUCGGAACUGCACUUCAUUGAAAUGCACGCGUUACGGGCGCGUCGCUACCAGCAACAUGAACUCCCGACCAUAUAUUGCUCUUUUCAAUCGAUGAGGAGGUGCUUCUGUUCGACGCAGAUAAACUACUGAAACAAUUCACAUAUGCAGUGACAAGCAUUUCUGAAAGUGAAGGACUGAUAGCUAACGAACUGAGAGACAGAAAACUGGACUUGAAGCUUUCAUUCGUAAAUGAGUAUACAAUGUACUUUCUGUUAAAAAGAAUGAUGUCAAAAGAAUUUUGUGUUCAUUUUAAAGUAACUUGUGAUUCAUAAAUAAAUGAUCAUGAGCUUAACUUUCCUCCCAGAAGUUCAUAUAAUUUACAAAACUGAUCUUGUGAAAUACGUUCAAUUUGCCAGGUUAGGAGGGCAGAAUAAAAAUGGAUAGCUCAGAAAUAUGAUGGAGGACGAAAGAAUUACUGCGACAGAAAGUAAAAUGUGGUUCAAAAUCUCCUUUCACUUCCAUUUAACACAGUGAAUAAGGAUAACAGCAAUAAAAAAAAACUGGACCAAACAUGA